GGCGCCCGCCCUGAUUGAAAAGGCGCAGGGCAUGCCCGCCCGCGUCACUCCGCAGGCGGAGGACGCACGUCGGGGCGCGGCUCCGGCCCGUUGAGGCUCUGGCUCUGACACUCGCGCCUUGCCCAGGACUCCGCGAGCCCCAGCGCCUGCCAGGCGGCGACCGCGACAAUGCAGGGAGCUGCCCGCGCUCCGGCCGCCAGCGUGAGUGCCGACUGCUGCAUCCCGGCCGGCUUGCGCCUGGGGCCGGUGCCCGGCACCUUCAAGCUGGGCAAGUACCUGUCAGACCGCAGAGAGCCCGGGCCCAAGAAAAAGGUGCGCAUGGUGAGAGGGGAGCUGGUGGACGAGUCGGGGGACUCCCCUCUGGAGUGGAUAGGGUUAAUCCGCGCAGCCAGGAGUCCCCAGGAACAGACCCUGGAAGCUAUUGCAGACUUACCUGGAGGACAGAUCUUCUAUCGAGCAUUACGAGAUGUCCAGCCAGGGGAGGAGCUGACCGUGUGGUAUUCCAACUCCUUGGCUCAGUGGUUUGACAUACCAACAACUGCGACUCCCACGCAUGAUGAGAAAGGGGAGGAGCGCUACAUUUGCUGGUACUGCUGGAGGACGUUUAGAUACCCCAACAGCCUGAAGGCGCACCUGCGUUUCCACUGCGUGCUCAGCGGCGGCGGCGGCCGCGCCUUCCUGCACCACGAGCACGCGGUCGGCCACGGCACCGCCCAGGCUGCCGCGGAGGGCUUCGGCCUCUCCCCCAAGCCCACCGGGCCAGAUUUCGCCGCGCCCGCACAGGCGGGCCCUCUGAGGCCCCACACGCUGGCCCCGCAGGCUCCCGCGGCCUGCGGCGCCCGGGAGGGCAUCAAGCGCGAGGCGCCCUCCGCAGCCUCGGCCUGCUCGCCGCCCCCGGCCAAGUGGGGGCCGCCUAAGAAGGGCAGGGAGCCGCAGGACCGCGUGCUGGACGCGAGCGGGGCAGCCCGAGCGCACGGCCCCGUGGUGGGCGUCGUGGCGGGCUCCCCGGCGGGCGGCGGCGGCCUGGCCUUCUACCCCGGGGUGCGUUCGGCUUUCAGACCCGCGGGCUUGGGCAGGGCGGCGGCGGGCCUGCACGGCGACCCCUGCCGGGAGGAGGCCGGCGGCAAGCAGGGCAGGCUCCCGGGCGGGGGCCGGGCGGGCGGGCGCGCCGGGGCUGGGGAGAGCCCCGCGGCGGGCGGCGCGGGCCCGCUGCACCAGCACGCGCACCACCACCUCCACCACCACGCCAAGUGCCUGCUGGCCGCCGCCCCGCCGCCGCCGCCCCCGCCGGGCCUGGCCUGCUCCGCGGCCGCGCGCGGCUUCCCGCCGCUCCCGGGCGCCCCCGAGGAGGCGUCCGCCUUCAGACACGUGCAGCGCGGCCCGCCGGCGGCCUCCGGCCUGCAGGGAGCGCGCCUCGCCCCGCCGGGCCCCGCGCCCGGCCUGCCGCUGCCGCUGGAGCGCUGCGCCCUGCCGCCGCCUCUGGACGCGGGCGCGCUCAAGGGCUGCCCGGGGGGCGCCGAGUGCGGCCACCUGCCCGCCGUCCUGCCCGCCUUCACCGUCUACAGCGGCGAGGUGCUGUACGGCCCGCCCGCCGCGGCCGCCUACUACCCGCUCAAGCUGCACCUCGGGGGGCUGCUCAGGUACCCCGAGUCGCUCUCCUACUUGAGCGGGGCCGCGGCCGCGCUGGGCCCCGCGGAGCUGGGCUCCCUGGCCGGCAUCGACCGCGAGCUCGCCGUGCACACCCAGCAGCUGUCCGAGAUGGCCCUGGCCGGGAAGGGCCGCGGCCGCCUGGACUCCGGGGCGCUGGCCCCCGCCGCCGUCACGGCUGGCGGCCCCGGGGGCGGGGGCGGGGGCGGCGGCCCGAGCAAGCCCCGGACCGGCCACCUGUGCCUCUACUGCGGCAAGCUGUACUCCCGCAAGUACGGGCUCAAGAUCCACAUGCGGACGCACACGGGCUACAAGCCGCUCAAGUGCAAGGUGUGCCUGCGGCCCUUCGGCGACCCCAGCAACCUCAACAAGCACAUCCGCCUGCACGCCGAGGGCAACACGCCCUACCGCUGCGAGUUCUGCGGGAAGGUGCUGGUGCGCCGCCGGGACCUGGAGCGCCACGUCAAGUCCCGGCACCCCGGCCAGGGCCUGCGGGCCAAGGCGGACGCCCAGCCGGGCUACGCCCCGGAGCCCAGGGACUCCAAGAGCGACAACAGCGACGUGGACGUCUGCUUCACCGACGACCCGAGCGACGCGGAGGUCGGCGGCGGCGAUCGCGACCUGUGAGCGGGCGGCCUGCAGAGGAGGGGCCGGCGCAGGGUGCGAGGCCUGGGCGGGGAACAGCACACCUGCUGGCCAGGCCUGAGCUUCAGCAGGGUGCAGAGACAGCUCCAAGGAGUUCGUC